AUGAGAAAGGAAGGGAGGAAAAAGCGCAAAAGGAAAGAAGACAAGAAACGAGUGGUGGUUUCCAACCUACCCUUUGAAGGAUGGCCCUACAAGGAAAACCCCAACAAGCACUAUUGUGGGAAUCGGGUUAAGACCAGCAAGUACACUGUCUUGUCCUUCCUGCCCAAGAACAUCUUUGAGCAGCUCCACCGGUUUGCCAAUCUCUAUUUUUUGGCUCUUGUGGCUCUGAAUUUUGUCCCCGUGGUCAAUGCGUUCCAGCCCGAGGUCAGCACGAUUCCAAUCGGUACUAUUCUGGCAGUGACGGCUAUCAAAGAUGCUUGGGAAGACUUCCGGAGGUUCAAAUCCGAUAAAGUGAUCAAUAACCAAGAGUGCUUCAUUUACAGCAGAAAAGAGCAGAGCUACGUGCAGAAGCGCUGGAAGGACGUGUGCGUGGGAGACUUCAUCCAAAUGCGAUGCAACGAGAUCAUCCCAGCAGACAUCCUCCUCCUCUUUUCCUCUGACCCCAGCGGGAUCUGCCACCUGGAAACCGCCAACUUGGAUGGAGAGACAAACCUCAAACAGAGGCGUGUCGUGAAGGGCUUCUCCCAGCGGCACCCCAAGAUAGAAAGGGGGCUGCUUGAGGCUAAUGCUGGCGUAGGGCACAACCCCUACAGGCUGCAGGUGAUAGCUCCGCCUGGCCAUGAGACAAAAGCCAUGCUGAACAACAGCGGCCCACGGUACAAACGCAGCAAGAUCGAGCAGCGCAUGAACACAGAUGUCUUCUCCUGCAUUGGGCUUCUCUUCCUCAUGUGUCUCAUCGGAGCUGUAGGUCACAGCCUCUGGAAUAGAACCUUUGAAGAACACCCUCCCUUCGAUGUACCAGAUGCCAAUGGGAACUUCCUUCCCCUUACGCUUGGGGGCUUCUACAUGUUUCUUACAAUGAUCAUCCUGCUCCAGGUCUCUGUACAAAGUUCACCAAGCUUUCCACUCACUAUCCACUAUUGGGGUUCUGAGACAGGGAGCCCAGCCUGGUUUCUGACAUGGUGGGAAUUGGUCUCCACUCAGGUGCUGAUCCCCAUCUCUCUGUACGUGUCCAUUGAGCUGGUGAAGCUUGGGCAAGUCUUCUUCCUGCACAAUGACCUUGACCUGUAUGAUGAAGAGACCGAUGUGCCCAUUCAGUGUCGAGCCCUCAAUGUCACUGAGGACCUGGGCCAGAUCCAGUACAUUUUCUCUGACAAGACAGGGACUCUGACCGAGAACAAGAUGGUGUUCCGGCGCUGCACCAUCAUGGGCAGCGAGUUUUCUCACCAAGAAAAUGCCAAGCGACUGGAGACCCCAAAGGAGCUGGACUCAGACAGUGAAGAGUGGACCCACUACCAGUGCCUGUCCUUCCCAUCCAGAUGGGCCCAGGGCCCAACAACUGUAAGAGGCCAAGGAGGUGCCCAGCCUCUGAGGAGGAGCCAGAGUGCCCAGGUGCCCAUCCAGGGCCACUCCCGACAAAGGUCCAUGGGGCGCUGUGAAAACUCACAGCCUCCUGUGGCCUUCAGCAGCCCCAUAGAAAAAGAUGUGACCCCAGACAAAAGCCUACUGACCAAGGUGCGGGAUGCUGCCCUGUGGCUGGAGACCUUGUCAGACACCAGGCCUGCCAAACCUUCCCUCUCCACUGCCUCCUCCAUUGCUGAUUUCUUCCUGGCCCUGACCAUCUGCAACUCCGUCAUGGUCUCUACAACCACCGAGCCCAGGCAGAGGGUCACCAUCUCAUCCUCGACCAAGGCUCUGGGGAUGUCCCUGGAGAAGAUUCAGCAACUCUUCCAGAGGUUGAAGCUGUUGAGCCUCAGCCAGUCAUUCUCUUCCACGGCACCCUCUGACACAGACCUGGGGGAGAGUUUGGGGACCAACGUGCCCACCACAGACUCGGAUGAGAGAGACGAUUCAUCUGUGUGCAGUGGAUGCUACUCCACUGAUGGCGGCUACAGGAGCAGCACGUGGGACCAGGGUGACAUCCUGGGAUCUGGGGAGGGCCCUCCACUGGAGGAGGUGCUGGAGGGCCCAGCCCUGGGCCUGACCAGUCCUGAGCUCUGUUAUGAGGCUGAGAGCCCUGACGAGGCGGCCCUGGUUCAUGCCGCCCAUGCCUACAGCUUCACACUGGUGUCCCGCACACCUGAGCAGGUGACUGUGCGCCUGCCCCAGGGCAUCUGCCUCACCUUCGACCUUCUCUGCACCCUGGGCUUCGACUCUGUCAGGAAGAGGAUGUCUGUGGUUGUGAGGCACCCACUGACUGGUGAGAUCAUAGUCUACACCAAGGGCGCUGACUCAGUCAUCAUGGACCUGCUGGAAGACCCGGCCCGUGUGACUGACAGUAAUGUGGAAAAGAAGCUGAGGAAAAUCCAAGCCAGGACCCAGAAGCAUCUAGACUUGUAUGCAAGAGACGGACUGCGCACUCUGUGCAUCGCCAAGAAGGUGGUGAGCGAAGAGUACUUCCAGCGGUGGGCCAGUUUCCGGCGUGAGGCGGAGGCAGCCCUGGACAACCGAGAUGAGCUUCUAAUGGAGACGGCUCAGCAUCUGGAGAAUCAACUCACCUUGCUUGGAGCCACUGGGAUCGAAGACCGGCUGCAGGACGGAGUUCCAGAUACAAUCGCUGCUCUGCAGGAGGCUGGGAUCCAGAUAUGGGUCUUGACUGGAGAUAAGCAGGAAACAGCAAUCAAUAUCGCCUAUUCCUGCAGACUGUUAGAUCAGACUGACACAGUUUACACCAUUAAUACAGAGAAUCAGGUGAGGCCAAACUAGGGACCAGAUGUCCAAGUACAAAGCUACUCCUGGGCCAAUAGAGGACAGGCUUAUUGGUGGGAUUUAGGGACACACAGAAAGCACUCCCACCCUGAAAUAUCACUGAAUGUUGGAGCUGGGAGGGCCCUAGAAGUCAUCCAGCCCAAUAUCCUCCUCCAUCUCAUCCCAUAAAUGGUUGUCCAGUUUCUUUUGUAUUAAUUGUAAUGCUACUUAAUAGAAAGUUCUGCCUCUAUCCAAUUCUUCUCUUGGUCCAAUCUUCCCAUUUUACAGAUGAGGAAACUGAAAACCACUAGGGCUAAUUCAUUUGCACAAGGUCACUCUACUAGUUUCUGCUUCACAGAGCUAAGUCUAGAAUUCUGUUCUCCUGCCAGGCUAGUGCUCUUUGCAUUACGUCUCACUGAUGGCUCACAGAACCUCAAUUGUCAGUUUCUUACUACUUUAGAUUAAAGCAUCUAUUGAAAAAUCCUGCAUUAAAUUGAAAUUAUUCUGAGUUAAAAAUUUCAGCUCCAAUUUGUAUGUCAAAUUGGCCUGCCACAGAGUAGAAACCAGAAGAUAACGAUACCUGAAACCAGUGUGUUUGAAUGGGAUGGAAGAGAGAAAGAGAUUAGCAAAGUUUUAAAACUACUACUUUUUUUUUGAUCUCUACCACGAACAGAUCGUACGUGGUAGAGAUCAAGAUUUGGAGAGAGGGCUGUGUAAAGUCUGAAGAAACAUAUUUAAAGUUAUAAUAAGAUUUUGUGUUGAGAGGGAAAAACCUACUUUUACAAUGUAAGUUGCAGGAAAGGAAAAUUCCACCGUCUUGACUGAUGAGUAUGAGAAGAAAACAUUGAGAUGUAUCUAUCCUCCUACGCUUAAGCACUGGAUAACUAGAUGAAAAGUUGGUGGUUCAAACCCACCCAAAGGUACCUCAGAAGACAGGCCUGGUGAUCUGCUUCCGAAAGGUCACAGCCUUGAAAACCCUGUGGAGCAGUUCUACGCUGCAUUCAUUGGGUGCCAUGAGUCAGAAUUGACUCAAUGACA